CUCGCCGAACUGCAGAGAUGAGGAACUGUGCACACUUUGUGAUGGGAGGUGUGUUUUUAAAGGACUAGGAGCUGUUCAGGGGGAGGACCCGAGAAAUCCUGCUGGCCGGGAAAAGAGAGGGAGAAAAAAGUUGUGUCAAGUUUUGUGACACGGAGGUGAAAACUUCACACCGACGGUUAGCUGCAGCUCGGACGGCGAAGAUGGCGCGGCGCUGCGGCCGUGCCACGUCUCGGGCUACCGGAGAAAUACAAAUACAUCCCGGAAGGAUAGCAACAUGUGCAGUUUGGUUAUGUUUCUAUCUCGUGUUUCCCUCUGCUGUGGAGGCUGGACUGUACACUGCUUCUGACCAAGUCAUCCUGUUAAGUCCGGAAAAUGUGGACUCGGUUCUGAUCAACUCCUCCGCGGCUGUGCUCGCGGAGUUUUACGCGUCGUGGUGCGGACACUGCAUCGCCUUCUCCCCGGUGUACAAGAGUCUGGCGAGGGAUAUCAAAGAGUGGAAGCCAGCUGUGGACCUGGCGGCCAUCGACUGUGCUGAAGAGGAGAACAGGAAGGUCUGCACUGACUACAGCGUCCGAGCGUAUCCCACCAUAAAGUUCUUCCACGCUUAUUCCAAGGAUGGUUCUCUGGGACAGGCUUUUAAAGCUUCCUCUCAUGAUGUCCGGGUGCUCCGUCACAGGAUCAUCAACAAACUGGAGAACCAUGCAGAGCCCUGGCCCCCCGCCUGCCCCCCGCUGGAGCCCACCAGCCAAGCAGAGUUCGACAGCUUCUUUGACACCAACAAUGUUCAACACCUGGCUCUGAUCUUCGAGGACACAAAAUCCUACAUCGGCCGAGAGGUCACACUGGACCUGUUGCAGUUUGAGAACGUCGCAGUGCGGAGAGUCCUGAGCAGCGAGGCAGCUCUGCUCAACAAACUGGGAGUCACUGAGUUUCCUUCCUGCUACCUUUACUCUCCUGGAGGAAACUUCACCAGACUCAAAGUCAACAUUGAGGCUCGUACUUUCUACUCUUACGCCCUCAAGAGGCUGCCGGGGGUGGUGCGUUCAGGGAAGCCUCCCCCGGUCGUCGUAGACGUCCGCACCAACAGCACAGAGAAGCCCUGGAGACCCUUCAACAGGUCCAGGGUGUACAUGGCAGACCUGGAGUCAGCGUUGGUGUACUCUCUGCGCGUGGAGCUGGCUGCUCACAGCGUCAUCAGAGGAGAAGCUCUGACCGCGCUCAACAAGUACAUCUCUGUGCUGGUGAAGUACUUCCCAGGCCGUCCGGUGGUGAUGAACCUCCUGAAGUCUGUGAACUCUUGGCUACAGAACCACACUGCCUCUGAGAUUUCCUACGAGGCUCUGCGAGAGAUACUGGAUAACACCGCUCAGGUUCCAGACACGGCUUUGCCUGAAGGAGAGCGGUGGGUGGGCUGUCAGGGUUCACAACCCCACCUGAGACGCUACCCGUGCGGGAUGUGGACUCUCUUCCAUGUUCUCACUGUCCAGGCCAAGAACACAGGACGCUCAGACCCCCAGGAGGUGCUGAGUGCGAUGAGGAACUAUGUCCGCAGCUUCUUCGGCUGCAGGUCGUGUGCCGAGCACUUUGAGAUCAUGGCGAGUGAGAGUCUGGUGGAGGUGAACACGUUUUCGUCAGCGGCCCUGUGGCUGUGGUCCAGACACAACCGCGUCAACAACAGACUGGCAGGGGAUCUGAGUGAAGACCCAAACUUCCCAAAGAUCCAGUGGCCUUCACCAGACAUGUGUCCGGGCUGCCAUACGGUGAAGGACAACGGGGAGCACAAGUGGAGCAACGAGCGGGUUCUCUCCUUCCUCCUGUCCCACUUCUCCUCCGGCAGUAUCCUCUCAGACCACCUCCAGGAUGAAAGCCAGAUCCUGGCAACACAGAGGGGGAAACAUGCGAGUCGGCAGCGAGCUUUAGAAGCUCAGAGGCGUGUAGAGAGGGAGGCGUUGGACUCCAUGACACAUCCUCUGCCCCCGCAGCCCACUGUGCAAGAGGAGGAGGAGGAGGAGGAGGAGGAAGAGGAGGAAGAAGAGGAGGAGGAAGGAGCGGCAGCCGAUGAGAUGCAGAGGAAGACUUCGGAGACGACCUCCUGGGCCAAACCUGAAAUGGAGAUGGGUCGAGGCCGGCGGCAGGCCCGCAGGAGGCCGAGCAUCGUGGGGAUGAGGAUUCGAGAUCUGCAGGAGGACAUCGUGGAUCUCGACUCCUUUGUCAACCAGCACUACAAGGCCAAGGCGCUGCGGGGGGCCGCCUCCAGCCGAGUCAAACAACGCACCCUGCAGAGGCAGGAGGAGCCCGGGCCCGUGUACGGGCUCGGCAUGGAGCUGGACGCAGCGCUCAGGAUGGUGGGCGUGCAGCCUCUGGAAGCAGACUUUGAGCGGGACGUGGGGCAGCAGAGGAAGCGGCUGCAGAAGAGAGAACUGGCAGGCCAGUACUUUGGCGAGGAGGCCGAGUUGAUCCACAGGGGACGCUUGAUGUCUGUGCUGAGCAUCGGAUUCUCCAAAGUGGACAUCAGCCUGUGUGUCAUCCUUUACUUCCUGUCCUCCAUGUGUCUUCUGGCCAUGUACCUUUUCUUCAAGAACCGCCUCCGGCUACGGCGGGCUAAAGUAUCCCUGCCCUGAAGCGAGCGGCGUCCAAACUCCAGUCAGCAAUGAUUACGGUUCCUUCGCUUCAUGUGGGCUUCAGCUGGUCCACUCGCCUGUCGGCUACAAACAAAGCGUGUUGAGGAGGAGAAGGGAAAAUUAGCAGAUUACUUUCCAAAUUAGUUUUUCAACGUUACUUAAUCCGGCAGCACCUCAAUUACGUCGAGGAUAAUCCAUUCAGGAAGGAUCGAAUUCAACCCAACAUGAGAUUAUUUACACUUUUUAAUUUGUAUGAAGUAAAUGCAACUAAUGCAGAGUUUUUGUACUAAUUGAUUUGCGUUGCUUUUACUAAAGUUAUAAAGUUAUGAUCGUUUGUAACAGUAUGAUUUAAAUACUUUGCUGUGAACUAUGACCAAAAAUGUUUUUUAAUUUCAAUUUCUUUUAUAUAUUUACAAGUAAAAAUAUUCGAAUCAUUUGAAUUUAUCACUCUUUUAUCUUUUGAUUUCUAAGAAUUGUUCUGUUGUAUCUUAAAUUACAGAUGAACUGUUUUUCCCUCCAAUCAGAGUUUUAUGUUUGUCAAGUAUUCAAAUGAAAGUUUCUGCUUUUCAUUUCACACUCGCCCCCGGUCCCUCGAUGCUUCGGGGGUUGUUGAUCACUGUGACUGGACCAGCAGGUCCACGCUCACUUUCACCAGAGGAGAGCGGAUCUGCUGUUCAGCUCCUUGGAGGUGGCUUACUGUACGUUACACUGAGCGUCGCAUCUUUAAACAUUACGUCACACUGCUGAGUCCACAUAACGGUGUUGUGGAGCGACGCACAUGUUCACACUGGACGAGCUUUAGAAUAAGCAGGAUUUGAGUUUGGCUCGUGUCCACGAUGUAAAGCUUCGGCCGCUCGUCUCAGAAACACUGAAUCCUCCUGUUGGCUUCUUCGCUUCUGUCUGAAUCAAUAAAAGUAUUUUUGAUAAGGAA